CUCUUGGGCCACGGAGCAAGUCUGGUGGUGCGCAACGAAGAGGCAACGUCUGGCGAGCGACCGCAAGAGUCGGACCGUCAGAAUUGUAUGCUCCUGGUGUGGCUUUAGUAACUGCGGUUUUCCUUUUCCGACGAGAGGAGUCUCACCCAUACCCUUGUGCUCCUUCCCAGCGCCGUGUAGAGAGUGAGGCUGCUUCGAUUGCUCGAUCGUGAGUUGUCAGGUCCUUUUCUCUGAUUGACAUCGGUUCUUGCUGUUUCUUCCCUUUUCUCUCGCCUUCCUCAACGGAGACUAGCUACAUAUUGAGGAGAGACUGACCGAGAUUUGACUUCGAUGGAAUCCUGAUUAGAAAAGCUCGACCAUGGCCCACCCUGGUAGAAGCUACACUGCUCCAACAAGGCAACAAGGGCAGGGUCGAGCCAUUGAGUAUGGACGAUCGCAACCGCAUUUGGAAUCCUCCAGCGCUACGGACUCUACCUCCGCCGAGCAGCCACCUCACACGGGCAGGCCUCCUCACGAUAGUCCCUAUCUCGGAAUUGGACACCCACCUAGUCGAGGUUACGCCCCUUCGCAGAGGUCAGAUCCGUAUGAACAUUCUUUCCCCCAGAGGUGGAGCUCGCCGUCACAUGAGGAUAAGAGUCGAUCAUCUGAGUAUGGUUUUCGGCAUGUGCUGCAAAAGCAGCCGGAUGUGAAUGCACGGCACCGCUCACAGGAGGAUCGAUGGCGAGGCAGCCAUGUCGACCAUGGCCCGUACCAGUCGCCUAGGGGAGAUUCGGAUCGACAAGCCAAAAGCACUGAGCAGGACCCCCAAACUCACCACGACUAUCUUGAGACACCUAGGCAUCCGUCGGCUGAAACACAUUCAGACCCUCAACCUCGACCACCACCACCAGGGCGCCCGCCAAGACCUCCUCCUGGAUUGACCGCAAAGAUCUCUCCACCGACGCAGACCAAGGUCUCCUUGCCAGCGGAGAAUCUUCCUGAAGGAGGAGCAUCCUCUCUUAAGCUUGCGCCCGGCCCUUCAGGAGAGGAAAAAGGUAGACCAGUCCAAAUCAAGAUUCAUAGUGCUUUCGGGGAGGACACAGACGACGAGAAUGAGGAAGCGAGCUCGUCGACACCAAAAAGAUCGGUUGCAUCAGCCAGUGCUCGCGAUAAGCCGUCGUCCACAAUUGAACCUGACCUCGGUGUAGGCAAAGACCACCGAAAGAUGGCUGCUCUCGUUUCAAACAAGAAGUUCACCUCGCACAUUUCGCGGUGGAAUACAAAGUCGGAAGAGGUGCAGGCCAUCGUUGAGGAGAAAGAACGACGAAAAGCGGCAAAGGCCUCGUCUGCCAAUGCAGAGCCUCUCGGCGCAGGCACUCAAAGCAACACAAUUCGCGAAGAGCCUGCAGAAGGAAGACGCGCCGACGACGACGAGGAUGAUGCUGAAGUACCCGUCGAUUUUGACUUCCUUGAUACCGAAAGGCGCUUGGCGUGCCUCUUGUGCCAGCGGCAAUUCAAGUCAAAAGACAUCUUGCUGCGACAUGCAAAGGAGUCUGACCUUCACAAGCGCAACCUGGAAGAUGCGGCGACGAGGAAGCAGGGCAAAGCUCGCAAAGCCGGCAAGACCGAGGCGCCGACGGCGAUGCGACGCGCAGGGUUCGCCCCAGUCGCAGAGGAAUACCGUGAUCGCGCUUCAGAGCGCAGGGCCAUUUUCGGAAGGGAGGAGGUAGCGGUGCCGACCAAGGCUGCCACGGCUAAGCAAGAAAAAGAGAAGCAAACGGCCCCGCAGGCUGAGCCUGUAAGCGCUCCUUUAGAUGAGAGCAACAAGGGUGGAGCCAUGUUGGCCAAGAUGGGCUGGUCGACAGGAAUGGGCCUUGGCAAGGAGAGCUCUGGACAGGUAAAUUCAGUCGAGGCCAAAAUAUACAGGCAGGGAGCUGGACUGGGGAGCAGCGAAGGCAAGAAUGCCGAGGAGGAAGGACGGAAGAGGCCGAGGGAGGGCAAAGACGCUUACGUCGACGAGGCUCGCGAACGAAGCCGUCAGCGCCUCCUCGAUGAUAAGUAGCUUCAAUUAUACAAGACAUCUUCAUACCUUUCUGUGAAUGCAGGCCGUGUCGAAAUGAGCUGUCUUGUGAGCAGGUGUUUGUUUAGCCGCUGUUGGGAAGGGCAGUCCUUCUCAUUCGGAGCUCAGAAGCCUUCAGCAAGGACGACCAAGAGGGUUCAAGUAAUAUUUGUAUUGGCAUUAGCAGUAAGAAAAGGAGAAACAGAGAAA